AUGUACGUGGGCUGUGUGCUGGACAAGGAAUCCCCCGUGUACCCCGGCCCCGCCAGGCCCGCCAGUCUCGGCCUGGGCCCGCAAGCCUACGGCCCCCCGCCGCCUCCGCAGUACCCCGACUUCACCGGCUACUCUCACGUGGAGCCGGGCCCCGUGCCCCCUGCGGCCUGGAGCGCGCCCUUCUCUGCGCCCAAGGACGAAUGGGCCGCCGCCUACGGCCCGGGCCCCGCGGCCCCCACCGCCAGCCCGGCCCCGCUGGCAUUCGGGCCCCCUCCGGACUUUAGCGCGGUGCCCGCGCCCCCGGGGCCUGGGCCGGGUCUCCUGGCGCAGCCCCUCGGCGGCCCAGGCGCACCGUCCUCGCCCGGAGCGCAAAGGCGGACGCCCUACGAGUGGAUGCGGCGCAGCGUGGCGGCCGGAGGCGGCGGUGGCAGCGGUAAGACCCGGACCAAGGACAAAUACCGCGUGGUCUACACCGACCACCAGCGCCUGGAGCUGGAGAAGGAAUUCCACUACAGCCGUUACAUCACCAUACGGCGGAAGUCAGAGCUGGCCGCCAAUCUGGGACUCACUGAACGUCAGGUAAAGAUCUGGUUCCAAAACCGGCGGGCGAAGGAGCGCAAAGUGAACAAGAAGAAGCAACAGCAGCAGCAGCAGCAGCCUUCACAGCCGCCCCCGGCAGCCCACGACGUCACCGCCACUCCAGCGGGGCCACCCCUGGGGGGUCUGUGCCCCAGCUCUGCCAACCUCCUGGGCACCUCCUCCCCAAUGCCUGUCAAGGAGGAGUACCUGCCAUAG